UCACGUCACACACGUCAUUCGUUUCAUUUUCGUGCAGGAGGAUGAUUGUGGUGGUCUCGUUGGAGUAUCGCCGUAAAAUAGUGCAGUGAGUGAAUUGUGUUUAAAAGUGUUGCACCACAGUUGAACUGAAAGUGCCACCAUGUUUAGCUGGUUAAAAAAGGAAGGUGAAAAAACGGAGAGCAUCGACAAUGUCGUCGAGGGACUCAAAAAAAUAUACAAACAGAAGUCUCCACUCGAGCAGCAUUACCAGUUCCAUGACUUUCACUCGCCACAACUGGAGGAGCCGGACUUCGAUGCAAAGCCCAUGAUACUGCUCGUGGGACAAUACUCGACCGGCAAGACGACAUUCAUAAAGUACCUGCUGGAGCGAGAGUUCCCUGGCAUCCGUAUUGGGCCUGAGCCCACCACAGACCGAUUCAUCGCCGUUAUGUACGAUGAGAAAGAAGGCGUAAUCCCCGGCAACGCGCUUGUUGUCGAUCCAAAGAAACAGUUUCGGCCCCUUAGCAAGUUCGGAAACGCCUUCCUUAACCGCUUCCAGUGUUCGACGGUAGCUUCACCUGUGUUGCGCGGCAUCUCUAUAGUAGAUACUCCUGGUAUCCUGUCAGGCGAGAAACAGCGUGUGGACCGAGGAUACGACUUUACUGGCGUGUUGGAGUGGUUCGCUGAACGUGUAGAUCGCAUCAUCCUCUUGUUCGACGCGCAUAAGCUGGAUAUCUCUGAUGAAUUCCGACGCAGCAUAGAAGCGCUGCGCGGCCACGAUGAUAAGAUUCGCAUCGUGCUGAACAAAGCGGAUAUGAUUGACCACCAGCAGUUAAUGCGUGUAUAUGGUGCACUUAUGUGGUCUCUUGGGAAGGUGCUGCAAACACCAGAGGUGGCACGAGUCUAUAUCGGCUCCUUCUGGGACCAGCCUCUGCGUUAUGACGUAAAUCGCCGCCUCUUUGAGGAUGAGGAACAGGACCUUUUCAGAGAUAUGCAAUCCCUCCCCAGGAAUGCCGCAUUACGGAAACUUAAUGAUUUAAUCAAAAGGGCACGCCUUGCUAAAGUGCAUGCCUACAUAGUCAGUGAGCUUAGGAAAGAAAUGCCUUCAAUGUUUGGUAAAGAUGGCAAAAAGAAGGAACUCAUCAAAAACUUGGGCCAAGUGUAUGACAGGAUCCAGCGUGAGCAGCAGAUCUCACCGGGUGACUUCCCAGACAUCAAGAAGAUGCAGGAAACUCUAGCCAAUCAUGACUUCACAAAGUUCCACCCGCUGAAGCCUAAGCUCCUUGAAGUGGUUGAUAACAUGCUGGCCACUGACAUUGCCCGCCUUAUGGACAUGAUUCCACAGGAAGAUAUCAAUGUUGUCUCUGAGCCACUCAUCAAAGGCGGCGCGUUUGAGGGCGUAGAAGACCAAGUUUCACCGUUCGGGUACGGGCGCGGCGAGGGAGUCGACGCGGGCCACGGCGACCCCGAAUGGAUCUGCAGCCGCGAGAAGCCUCGCUACGACGAAAUGUUCCGAGGGCUCAACCCCAUCGACGGCAAGGUUACCGGCGCUGCGGCCAAAACGGAGAUGGUGAAGUCCAAGCUGCCCAACUCUGUGCUGGGCAAGAUCUGGAAGCUCGCCGACAUCGACAAGGACGGGUUCCUCGACGACGAGGAGUUCGCGCUGGCCAUGCACCUCAUCCAGGUGAAGAUCGACGGCCACGACCUGCCCGCCGACCUGCCGCCGCAUCUCGUGCCUCCCUCCAAGCGGAACUGAGACGCACAAGGAUUGGUAACGAUGCGAUCCAUCGACAGCAACGAAGUCGGUUACAUUGUCCCAUUUAUUUUGUAGAAUUUACCUACUACAUACUACAAAGGCCUAUUACCCUAUGUCAGUUAUUCAAUCACAGAGUACCUACUUUAAUGGGACUUUGUAUUUCGCGCUAUGGAAAAUGGUGAGAUUGUAAUAUCUUGCCUUCGUUGGUGUCGUUUGGAAACAUGUGAUUUAUCGAAUUUAUCCGAUGACGUAAGUAAAUCGACCGAUGGCGGAAAGAGGCUGCAUGUAUCCUAAUGUAAUUUAAGAUUUCAGUAAAGGAAUGCUCAUUAUCUAGCUUUACAAUUGUAUAUUAUUCCGCUAACGGUCACUCUGGUUAACUGCGUCGAUCGGUUGAUUCGAUUUCUAUGCAGCGGUGUUCGUGCAUAAUAAUAAAAUAUAUUUGUACAUCGCUAAUGAUUGUUUAUCCGUCGUUGUAAAAACAAAUUAUAUUUUAUGUGCGUCGAAAUCACGCACAUUAAAAUAUAGUAUGUUUAGUUAUUGAUGUGACGAGCGCAUGCUCGUGUGUGAUCGUUGCUGUGAGGGACUCGUUUGUAAUUUGUACACUCAUACGUCACGCUCCCGCACCUCCCUGUGUCCUCCCGCUCACUAGUGUGAUGUCUUCAGCUUCCUUACCUUCGUUCUGUGGCAGAGAGCGGCGUGGCGUGGCUCUUCCACCUGUGUGUGCACUAAUACAAACCGCAUCAAGCAUAUCGUAUGAGUCUAAUGAGAUGAAUGGCUUUUAAAUUAUAUGAGUACGUGGCAAUUAUUUAGUGGCAAUAUCUACAUUAUUUAUCGAACAUUUUAAUCAGUUUUUGUUUUUAUGAGAGAGUAUUUUAUAUCUUAAACGUUGCUCCCAAUGUUUAGCUUAACUACUUAAUUUAUUGGGCAAGGUGAAGUUGGUGCUCUAAGUGUUACGUUUAGUUACAUCAUCAUCGGUAUUAGUUCAUAAUAUUAUACUCAUCAUUCACCUUUUUUUUAUUGUUUCGUUUGUCCUCAUUUAAGGUACUUUAUUAAUUGAAACAAUUACAGUUUUAAGUUGGUUCCUAUUAGAUGAUUCUGGACCAGGACAGAAACAAAAUAAGUAAUAAAUAUUAUUUCAAUAAUUUGUUUAGGUAUCUUUCAUUGAUAAAUAAACAAACGUUAUAAGGUAACUUCUGUUAUACAUGUCGGUUCCCUAAAGCUGGUGUGAACUGAUACAUAAGAGAAAGUACCUAUAUGUGUGUAGGUCUUAGGAUAAGACAGACACAGACACCAUUGAUAGAUUGAUAUCAUUACAUUCAUUACUUACUUCAUUCACCUUAGCUUAUGCCAAUCGAUUAUCUUUCAUGCAUUUUGUAUAACAGUCACUCGACUAUAUUGCAUUUAUAUAUGAAACCUUCAGAUUGUUCAGUGCCUUUGCUACAAUAAGUAGAGAGCGGUCGACGGACCACUCGCCCGGUUUUGGCUGUAGCAUCUAUACAUAUUAUUAUACCUACUCUGUUCUAGAAGAUGAAGCCCGCCGCGCGGGAACUCUAUGUAAAUAGGUACAGAUUUUUAUAUGCGUUAGAUAUUUGGAAUGCAUUUUGUGCGUCGUUCCGUGUGAACACAAGUUUUCUGAAUUAUUUACGGAAGUUUGCUACCACUGGACGGGGCACGCAAUGAACGUUUUUACAUUUGCUAUUGUGUGUACAUAAUUAUAUGUAAAUUUAUUAAAAAUAUCGUAAAUUAUACAUAGUGUAAUAAAUAGAUAAGAAAUCAAUGGUU